CAGUCCCUCCCCUCAGCUCCGUGCGCAAGGUCGUGUCCCGGAAGUGAAGGGGCCAUGUUGGUGGGUGACCCCGGGAAAGGUACCGGGCGAGAGGCGAAUCGCGAGGAGUGGUAGCGCGCGCAGUCCGCGGCUUGAAGCCCAGCCCCCGCCAGUCCCCCAUGGCCCCAUGGAGCCGAGAGGCGGUGCUCAGUCUGUACCGGGCCCUGCUGCGCCAGGGUCGAGAGCUUCGCUACACUGAUCGAGACUUCUAUCUUGCCUCCAUCCGCCGUGAGUUCCGGAAAAACCAGAAGCUAGAGGAUCCUGAGGCCCGGGAGAGGCAGCUGGAAAAGGGCCUGGUCUUCCUCCACAGCAAAUUGGGGGGGAUUAUUUAGGAUCCCCUCCUUUCCCCUCUCCUCCUAAUUCCAAGGGAAAGAGUUCAAAGGUGUCUUCAUAGACACUCCUGCUCUUUCCCAUCCCUACCUCACAGAUGCAGUAAGCAGUCUCAGGUUGACUGCAGACUCGCCUUCGGCAGGGGAGGGCCAGGGGAGGGUUGAUGCCCGCGGGAGCCUGCCUGCGCCGCGAAGGGUAGCGGAUCCGAAAGAGAAAUCGAGAAAUCGUUACUGAGUCUCUGUGUCCAUCUGUUUUCCCUAUACAAUGCGAUCUAUGUGUCAACAGCGCUGGCCCUGGGGACACGGCAGUGAAUGUGCCAAAAUGCCUCCAAGAAGGUUAAGGUCUUCUGGCUCCUAAGAUGUGAAUGAGGCGGGGUGGCAGGCCUUAGGACUCCUCUGCACUACUCUCCGGCAGACGAGCUCUGGGUUCGGAUUCUGGCCGCGCAGCUUACCGACACGAUAACCUUGGGCCAGUGACUUAACCUCCGCCUCUGCUUCCUCAUCUGUACGUUGGAGGUAACACUGCGACCCCACGGUGGCGGCGUAAGGAUUCGGGACUUAACACGUGUAACGUGCCCGGCACGGUGACUCAGCGAGUGUCAGUUGGCCUCGUGUGCGCUCGAGCCAGACAUGUUGAAGUCCUGUGGCUUUCUCAAGUGAGAGAUGGCAGGCUCUGGUGAGCGCAAAGGCAAGAAGGAUGACAAUGGCAUCGGCACGGCCAUUGAUUUCGUGCUCUCCAAUGCCCGGCUGGUGCUGGGGGUGGGCGGAGCAGCCAUGCUGGGCAUCGCCACACUGGCAGUUAAGCGGAUGUACGAUAGGGCGAUCAGUGCCCCUACCAGCCCCACCCGCCUGAGCCAUCCAGGGAAGAGGAGCUGGGAAGAACCGAACUGGAUGGGCUCACCCCGACUGCUGAAUAAAGAAAUGAAGACAGGCCUGAGCCGGUCCCUGCAGACCCUUCCCACAGACUCCUCAGCCUUUGACGCAGAUACAUUCUGCCCGCCCCGGCCCAAGCCAUUGGCCAGGAAGGGCCAGGUAGACUUGAAGAAGUCACGGCUCCGCAUGUCCCUGCAGGAGAAACUUCUUACUUACUACCGGAACCGGGCGGCCAUCCCUGCUGGUGAGCAGGCUCGGGCCAAGCAAGCUGCCGUGGACAUAUGUGCCGAGCUCCGGAGCUUCCUGCGGGCCAAGUUGCCGGACAUGCCGCUCCGGGACAUGUACCUGAGUGGCAGCCUCUAUGACGACCUGCAGGUGGUGACAGCUGACCACAUCCAACUCAUCGUGCCCCUGGUGCUGGAGCAGAACCUGUGGUCGUGUAUCCCUGGUGAGGACACCAUCAUGAAUGUCCCCGGCUUCUGCCUGGUUCGCCGUGAGAACCCGGAGUAUUUUCCUCGUGGUAGCAGCUACUGGGACCGCUGCGUAGUAGGGGGCUACCUUUCCCCCAAGACGGUGGCAGACACAUUUGAGAAGGUAGUGGCUGGCUCCAUCAACUGGCCAGCCAUAGGGUCCCUCUUGGACUACGUGAUCCGACCGGCACCACCCCCAGAAGCCCUGACUUUGGAAGUGCAGUAUGAGCGCGACAAGCAUCUCGUCAUCGACUUCCUGCCGUCGGUGACCCUCGGCGACACCGUCUUGGUAGCCAGACCACACCGGCUGGCCCAGUAUGACAACCUGUGGCGGCUGAGCCUGCGGCCCGCAGAGACGGCACGCCUGCGGGCUCUGGACCAGGCCGACUCGGGCUGCCGAUCUCUGUGCCUCAAGAUCCUCAAGGCCAUAUGCAAGUCCACUCCGGCUCUGGGCCACCUCACUGCCAGCCAGCUCACCAACGUCAUCCUCCACUUGGCCCAGGAGGAGGCUGACUGGUCUCCAGAUAUGUUGGCCGACCGAUUCUUGCAGGCCUUGAGGGGACUCAUCAGCUACCUAGAGGCCGGAGUCCUGCCCAGUGCCCUGAACCCCAAGGUGAACUUGUUUGCAGAGCUCACUCCUGAAGAAAUAGAUGAAUUGGGAUAUACGCUCUAUUGCUCCUUGUCUGAGCCGGAGGUGCUGCUGCACACGUAGGGCAGGUGAAGGCCAAAGUGGACGUCAGGCGGUCAGACCCUGGCUUCUCCGUUAGAAACACGUGGCUGCACAGCUGGUGCCUCACAGGGUCCCUAGGUGCCUCCUAUCUUGCUGGUCAUCGCCCCGGUCACUUCAUGCUGAUUAGAAUGCCAUCUCUUUGCCUCUUUUCUCACCCAGCCCUUUCUAUUUUUGUUACCAAACACUGUGCUCCUACUCCUCCCCGCCCCCUUGCUCCAGGCUGACUUUUCUGGAAUGAAUUGAGAAGGUGAAGCACUGGCCUGACCUGAGCUGCUGUUGUGCAAUUUGGCCCAGGUUUUCUGCUCCUGUCUGCCCUUUGGCCUGUUUUCUUUCCAGUGUCCCUCUGUCUGUUCCUCUUGUUCACGCCUUCUGUUUUGCUUUUCUCCCUGGAGCAUAUCUGCCCCGUCAAGAUGUUGCCUUUGAGUUGAAUGUCACCGAAGAGUUCUGAUCGGCACGUUUCCGAGCUGAGCUCUGCAGAGUGAGCGCUCAGACGCUAUUUAGAAUUUCUGGGGUUAAAACCGGGAGAAGAGCUGGCUCUUGACCCAGGUUCCUGGAGAAGCAGCCCAUGCCCCCCACGUCCUGACCAGCUCAGAUUCCUAAGUGCUGAGAAGGUCCCUCCUGGGAACACGGUUACUGACCCACGCAGGAGUGAGGCUCAAGAUAAACUGGAUGCAAAGUUGCCUGGAGAUUGUGUUUUUUAGUGGCCGUCUGUGAGGGUGCCGCGGGGGAGCUGGAGGUGGUGAGGGGGGCCUGGGGAGGGUGCGUGUGCCUGGUGUCUAGACCUCCCCUUUGGCUGGUCCAGAUCAGCUGCGAGAGCGGAGUGGCAGGAGGACAGGAGGAGGACGAGGGAGGGAAGGGGCUGCCUGCCGGGGCACCGCCCCCCCCCCCCCCGCACAAGUGCUGUUGUUCAGCGUUCAGCCCCUUCCUUGCUUGUUGCCAAUUAGGACGAAGCCUUCGAGGACACAGCCUUGGGGGAGGUUGACAGGUGUCUGAACACUAACUGGAAAAUCCAGUCACCAGUCGAGGCUUGGUGACCGAGUUUCUCCCCCAUCAGGCCCCGCCCCUCUAGGAUGCUGCCUCAGAGCAGGAACCGGCCCAAAGCCAGCCCUUCCUUCCCCAGCUUCUGCCACAGGAACGUGAGAGCCGUGCGUGCCGAGCCCCCCAGGCACCGUCGAAGGGCGAGCAGACUUGCGCUGACCUCUUCCCCGUCCUGUCUCAGCCCGCUCCUGGGGAGACUGGUGCUACCUAGGGAGAGAGUUCGUGGAUAAAACACGGGGGGGGGGGGGGGGGCGGUGCAGCUUGCUCCGCCCCCUCUUAUUUCCAGCUGCUAAAACUGCGCUGUGUAUAUUGCAAAGUAUCCUGAGGGUGGGGAGGAGUGUUUAAUACACGACGUCUGUGCGUCUUGUGUUGUGCUUUUGUCCUGUCCGUGGCAAGAAGCCAGUAAUAAUUGUUUCUGAUCUGCCCAUCCAGUAUUUCGUUCUCCCAUCAACUUUUCUUAUUUUUUCUAUUCUUCCUACCUCUCCAUCGGUGAGAUUCUGGUGAAGCUCUCCACAGCUGUCUCGUUCUUUCCCAACGACAGCAGCAUGAAAUGACUCUAAAUAGCAUUGAACCCUCAACUACCUUUGAAUUUAGGGUAGACGGUCCUGCCCGCUUCUUGUCAUGGGUUAGGAGGGUGAACUAGGGUUAACCUCGACUCUAUUGGGAAAAAUUUCCUGCUCCUCUCUAUGUAUGCAGAGGUUCCUUAAAGUGGCACAGCUCUUUCAUUUGUAUGAAGCUCCUGAGAGAGAAUGAAACAUAAAAAGCCCGGAACCCUGAGAGAGAUUCUCCACCCUGGCUGUUCAUCAGAGUCAAAUUAGGGUUUAAAGGAAAUCUCUGUGCCUGAGUGCUGCCCUCGGUGACUGGCCUGGAGGGGAUGGGGUGGAGCCUGACCUUGGUGGUUCCGGAGCACGGAGCUCGCUUCUCGGAUCCAUUAGAGGGAAAGGAGAGGGGAGGCUGCAAAAGAGUGGGUUAGUCUUCAUUGAGGUAAAGCAGUCGGUUUUCCCAAUGUAUUAUAGAGUCUAGUUUUCUCAAGCUGGCAUCUCUGACCAAAUUGCAUGUAAAGCAUUGGAAGGAGAGCUGGAAAGAAACAAAAGAUUUUAAAGACUUAAGCCCAGAUUAUCAAAGCCAAGUGUAACUGCCAUUUGGUUUUAUCUCUUUUCUUAAAGAGCAACACAAGGGCAUCUCUGUCUCUUAACUGUGUUUCACAAAACCAAAAACCGUGGCUUUCCCAUUUCACAAGCAAGAACCACCUGGAAGUCCUCAGAACAAGAAGCAGUGGAAAUUCUUGGCCCUGGUCCUAGUGGGUUUGGUGACUGAGACUGGGCAAGCCUUGUAAAACGUGGAAGAUUGUCCAGUGUGUUGAGGUUCUUGGAUGGAAGAGGACAACAUUCUGCACCCCCUCCCGAUUGUUUUAAUCUUUGGGGAAGGACGUCGUGCCUUUCCCCACCACUCUCCUGCCUAUGUACCCAGUAACUCCCACCUUUGCCUGAAGUCAUGGCACCAGCUCCUACUUCUCUGGAAAUUUUUUUGCACCAUUUAUGUUAGCAAACCACAGAGUUAGCCUAAUGCUUAAAAAUACACUCAUUGUCUCGAAAGCAUAAUCCAUUCCAAAGUAUAUUUUGAUUUUUUCCCUGGUGCCCCUUCCUGAAAAAUGAGUUCAGGAUAACAGUAUUUUUAUGAUAUGCUUUGUCGUGACUGUUUUCCCCCUUCAAAUAAAUGAUCAAAGUUAACGUUUGGAAAAGCUGUGUCGAGGCCUAUGGUCUUUCCUCCUGGGUCUCGGCCCCUGCUGGUCUCCCUGUUCACAUCCCAGAUUAGCUGAUUUUGCUCCCUUGUACUCCAACUUGAGAACUCCCAUGGUUUUGACAAGGAAUUAGCUUCAUGAUCACAAUUUCCUGGAGAGGCCCCAGCGGGGGUUCUGUAAGUAGGGAAAACCUGCAUUGUGUUGGAGUCCUCUGCCGGAGUCUGUCUUCCUUGAGGCUGUGACCUUGCCUGGAAACUUGUGUUCACAGGGCUUCUUAGUACUCUGCUCUUCCUGCUAAAGGUCCAGGCCAAAGACAAUGGUAAGGGACACUUAAGACUCGAUCUGUUAGGCUGUGGCCCUUUUAGACACUGCUGGUUCUCAGUGGCCAAAAUACUAGGUGAGUUUUUUGUUUUUUGUUUUUUUUUUAAUUUAUUUUUGAGAGAGCAGAAGCAGGGACAGAGGAUCUGAAGUGGGCUCAGCGCUGACAGCGGAGAGCCCUAUGCGGGGCUUGAACUCCUGGGCUGUGAGAUCACGACCUGAGCCGAAGUCACACACUUAACCAACUGACCCACCCGGGUGCCCCCCCCCAGAUGUGGGUUCCGAGGUGGAGUCCAGCGUGUUUACCUUUUCGUUCAGAUCACCUUGUAGUCUUUAAAUUCUUGGUCCCUGAGGCCAAGUCCACAACUUGCCUUCCAGUCACUUGCCUGCCCUUCAGUAGCAGUUGAUACAUUCAGCUGGUAGAUUUGGAAUCAGUCACUGGUCUUUGUGUCCCACCUUGGCUAGGUCCACAUAGAAGUAGCUUCGCCCUGAGACCUGGGGAAUUGCUAUCUUUUAUUCUCCUUGAGGGAGGAAGUAAAGCUGGGGAAAAUGAUGUCCUUCCACAGCAUGGAAAGAAAAAAUAAAAAUCUCCUUUCCCACAG